AUGAGUGAGGGAGUCGCCAAGAAGAGGAAGCGCAAUGGCGCUGAAGGUGUUGCGAACGCCACCGCCCCCCCAAAAAAGUCAAAGGUCAAGAGCCCUUUGCCAAAGAUUGAGCCCGAGGAGGACGAGAGCGAUAGCCCAGACAACGUGAGAGUGAGCAAAGGGGAGGAGAAAGAACAGCAUAGCGAAAACAGCAGCGACGAUGCCGAGGAAGGCCCCGACACCGAGAAUGCCCAGGAGGAGGAGGUGGAGGACGACGACUCUGUUGGACAUCUUCCCACCGACGGCGCGCCCAUGCUGCCCCCAGCUGCCGACUCGGAAACGUUUGACCAACUGAAACUGUCGGAGAAGACGAUGAAGGCCAUCGCAGAAAUGGGCUUCACCAAGAUGACUGCCAUCCAGAGGGCUGCUAUCCCACCGCUGCUGGCGGGCAAAGAUGUUCUAGGUGCGGCCAAGACGGGUUCCGGCAAAACACUUGCUUUCCUGAUUCCCGCGAUCGAGAUCCUCAGCGCACUGCGAUUUAAGCCAAGAAACGGCACUGGCGUCAUUGUCGUCUCGCCCACGAGAGAACUAGCCCUUCAGAUUUUCGGCGUCGCUCGCGAGCUUAUGCAGCAUCAUUCUCAGACAUAUGGCAUUGUUAUUGGAGGCGCAAACAGAAAGGCAGAAGCAGAGAAGCUGUCCAAAGGCGUGAAUCUGCUGAUUGCAACUCCCGGCCGACUCCUCGAUCACCUACUGAACACGCCGUUUGUGUUCAAGAACCUCAAGUCGCUGGUCAUUGACGAAGCAGACCGCAUUUUGGAAGUUGGGUUCGAGGACGAGAUUCGUCAAAUCGUCAAGGUUUUGUCCAACGACGACCGACAGACAAUGCUGUUUUCCGCCACACAGACCACCAAAGUCGAGGAUCUGGCAAGGAUAUCACUGCGACCCGGGCCCCUGUACAUCAAUGUCGACGAGGAGAAGCAGUUCAGCACCGUGGACGGCCUCGAACAAGGCUACGUCCUUUGCGACGCCGACAGGCGAUUUAUCCUGCUCUUUUCAUUCCUGAGAAGAAUGAGGGACAAGAAGAAGAAGGUGAUUGUUUUCUUCAGCAGCUGCAACUCUGUCAAGUACUACUCUGAGCUCCUCAACUACAUCGACUGCCCGGUGCUGGAUCUUCACGGCAAGCAGAAGCAACAAAAGCGAACCAACACCUUUUUCGAGUUCAGCAACGCCGAGCAUGGCAUCUUGAUCUGCACCGACGUUGCUGCUCGAGGUCUUGAUAUCCCUGCGGUAGAUUUCAUUGUGCAGUUCGACCCUCCGGACAACACGCGCGACUAUAUUCACCGCGUCGGCCGCACAGCCCGUGGCGCCAACAACAAGGGCCGCAGCCUCCUGUUCCUGCAACCCAACGAGGUUGGCUUCCUGUCGCACCUCAAGACUGCGCGCGUGCCCGUGGUCGAGUACGACUUUCCCACAAAACACAUCAAGAACGUGCAGUCGCAGCUGGAGAGCCUCAUCGGAAAGAACUACUACCUUCAACAGAGCGCCAAGGAGGCGUUCAAGUCAUACCUCCACGCGUAUGCGUCGCACAGCCUGAGAUCGGUGUACGACGUGCACAAGUUGGACCUGGUGCGGGUAGCCAAGAGCUUUGGGUUCACGGCCCCGCCGCGGGUCGACAUCAACCUGGGGCAGUCCAUGAGCAGGAGCAGGACACAGGGCAGGCGGUCGUACGCCUUCGGCUCACGCGGCGGCAAGAAGUGGCUCCACGCGCACGCCUACUACGCCGAGGACGAGUUCUGGGCGCACUACGACCGAGCCUCGCACGACGCCCUGAGGGAGCGCUACGCCGCCGCCUACCUGCCCAGCGUCUACGACAAGGCCAGCGUCGACGUGGCCGCCGAGGAGGCGCGGAGGUCCAGGAGCUGGGCGGCGAGGGCGCGAGCCCGCCUCGGACACGUCUGGCCGCUGCCGGGGCUUGGGGGGUUUUGGGCCGCGGCCAGAGGCGGCGACUAUCUCAUGGCCGGCGGGAACAUGCAGGCGGGGCAGAGGGGAGCGUGUGUGUCGUCGGGAUACUAUACUCAUGUGGGAAACGAGCACGCGGGCGAGCGAUGCGUCUUUGAUACACCGUGA